AUUCACUUGGAUGAUAAUUUCAACAAUAUAAAAAGGAAAAAAGGAAAUUUAAAAAAAAAAAUUAAGAAGAUGAUGUUACAUUACAUACAUGAUUUCACCGAGGCUGGACGUAAGCCUUCCCCUCCCAAAAUAUUUGGAUGGCUUUUUAUAUUUCAAGCCUCUGGCUUGCUAUAUACGCGUAAAGGCGUAAUAAGUUGCCAGUCAUAUCAUAGUCAACGGCAAAUUUAGACCCACCACGUUGCACUUGAGUUUCUCUUCUCCUUCUGUUUCUCUCUGGUUUUCUUUGAUCAGUUUUUCUUUUUUUUUUUUUUUUUUUUUUUUUUUUUUUUUUUUUGGGGUGUCCCUCUCAUCCUCUCAGAUUGCGUUGAGGGUUGACGUUGGAACGUACGUCCUCCCAGGCUUAGCCUGUGUAAGGCCAGAGAGGCCUGCCUAGCUACAGCCAUGGGUUCCGUCGCUAUGGAACCGGAGGACAUAGCAACCUACGCCGCCACCCAUUCAAUUCCGCUCAAGAAUUUCACCACCAUUUGUACGUCGGUGACCAUGAUACAUUCCAUGGGCUUUUUCUAUCAUAAUAAUCCCCUGCUUUAUUCAGCCCCUCUUCUUCUCAUGCAAUUCUCUCUCGCCACUGGUGUUAUCCUCCUCACCUCUCUCCUCCUCAAGCCUCUCGGCCAACCCAUCAUCGUCGCGCAAGUCUUAGUAAGUACCUCCAUAUCAUUCUAUAUCAUUCAUUAUACACCAUCAUCAAGUUCUUUCCAUUUCCAAAUUCAAUCUCUCAUUGCAACACAAAUAAAGAAAAACAGAGGUUUAGGUUUACAUUGCAUGCAUGCAGCAUAAUGCAAAACUUUAUUGUAUUUUAAAAUAGCAAAAUAAAAACAAAAAAAAUAUAAAAUUUUGUUGAUUGGUUAUGAUUUACCUAACAGGGGGGUAUAAUACUAGGUCCUUCGAUUCUAGGCCGGACUGAUGCAUUUAUCGAUAGUUUUUUUCCUCUCAGAAGUUUUAUACUGCUGGAUGUUAUUUCCUCUUUUGGAUUCAUGUUCUACUUCUUCCUCAUCGGAGUGCAAACCGACCCCUCCAUCGUCAAGAAGAUCGACAGAAAGACAUUUGCCAUUGGGUUUGUGACAGUGGCCAUCCCUUGUCUAUUGACUCAAGGAUGGUCUGCUCUCUUGAAAACCCACGUCAAUUUGGAAACGAACCUCGCCAAUUCACUUCCGGCUGUGGCUCUAGCAGAGUCUAUGCUGACCUUCCCAACCAUCGUUUUCUUUCUGCACGAGCUGAAGAUCAUCAACUCUGACUUCGGGAGGGUGGCAAUGUCUUCUUCCAUUGUGAGCGGCUUGUGCAGCUUCUGUGUGAUGACAAUCUCUAUUGUGGCCAAGAAAUCAUCCGGAAAUGAUACAUACAACGUGCUAUCAGUAGUGGCCACCGGUGCUGUGGUUGCGCUUGUCAUCGUUUUGGUCAUUCGGCCCGUACUCAAAUGGAUGAUGCGGAGGUCGAGCCCAGUGGGACAGCCAAUGAAGGAAAGUCACGUGGUUCAUCUACUUCUUGGGGUCAUGGUGACUGGCCUUUUCAGUCAUGCCACAGGUUUACACACAUACUAUGGACCUUUCAUUCUUGGGUUGACGAUACCAGCAGGGCCACCAGUCGGGUCUGCUCUCGUGGAGAAGCUCGAGCUCAUCAUCUCCUGGGUCUUUAUGCCCAUAUUCUACGCCAAAAAUGGUUUGGUUAUGGAUCUCUGCGCCCUUCGACUCAAGAAUUAUACCAUCUUGCAAUCCACUGCCCUCGUUGGUGCAUUUGGCAAGUUUAUGGGAGCUUUUCUGACUUCACUCUUGUGCACCAAAAUGCCAAUCACGGAUGCUAUCUCGCUUGGCCUUGUCCUGAAUGCCCAAGGCUUUCUCGAGCUUGGCUUGUUUAAAAUGCUCAAGAGUAAUAUGGCGAUAGAUAAUGAAGCAUUUGUUGUCAUGUGUACAUCCAUGAUACUUAUAACAGGGGGUAUCACGCCCAUUAUAAAACGCCUCUACGAUCCUUCAAAGAGGUACAUGGUUUACAAGAGAAGAACAGUGAUGCAUGCCCGACCAAACUCCCAGCUCCCCGUACUCGUCGGCAUACACGACCAAGAAGAUGUUGAACCCACAAUCAACCUCCUUCAGGCUUUAUACCCCACCGAAAGAAGCCCUCUUGCCAUCUAUCUCCUCCAUCUCAUCGAGCUUAUCGGCCGUGCAAACCCUCUGCUCAUCCCCCACAAGCUCACAAGAAGGCCCUCCUCAAAGGCCAGUCCCUCGGAACCAGUUGUCAAUGCCUUUAGAAAGUACGAGCAAAGGAACGAGAGUCUUGUCACAGUUCACCCCUUUACCGCUAUAUCUCCUUGUGCCACAAUGCACGAUGAUGUAUGCACAAUUGCACUUGAUAAAAAGACUUCCCUCAUUAUAGUUCCUUUCUACAAGAGAUUCCAUGCCAGAAAACAGAGGAUGAUCAACAAAAAUGUACUUGAGAAAGCACCUUGCUCUGUUGCAAUCCUUGUUCACCAUGGUGGGCUCUUCGACAGCAGUUUCAACAGCCGUUCAGGGGCAAUGACGUUGACAUGCCAGAACGCGUCUUGCUAUAAUGUUGCUAUUCUCUUCUUGGGCGGAGCUGAUGACCGAGAGGCACUGGCGUUUGGGGCACGAAUGGCUGCCCAUCCAAACAUCAACUUGACCUUAGUUCGGCUUCUUCUAGAUGGAAGCAUAACAAAUACUAGUGAGGAUGUGGAGGAGAACAGGCUUGACUGUGAGGUGUUGAGUGAGUUCAGGGAAGGCAUGGCAGACAACUAUCGGGUCAUGUACAUAGAAGAGCUGGUGAUGGAUGGUUCAGGGACAAUGGCAGUGAUCCGUUCCAUGGAAAAUAACUAUGAACUAGUAAUAGCAGGAAGAAAUCAAGAUAAAAAGUCACUGGUCCUGUCAGGGUUCAUGGAUGAGAAUGAGCAGAGUGAGUUGGGAGCAAUCGGGGAGGUGUUAGCCACCGCAGAUUUCAUGGGCAAAAGCAGAAUUCUGGUGGUGCAACAACACAGCAAAGUGGUGAAUGACGACAAUGAGAAUCAUAGAGAAAAAUUUAGGGAGCAAAGCAUGACAAUCGAUGAUGUUGAGGAUCUGCAAAUUCAAAGAAGAUGAGAUAUGCAUUACGCACAAUUAUAUUUUAAAGUAG